GGAACAAAUUGGGGGUAGUAGGAGGCAGCAGAUUGAUUCCCCUCUGGUCUUCUCCUCGGAUCAUUCUCAUGGUGUCAGAGGAUACUGAGUUGAGGUAACACAAGACUCCACCCAACAAAAUCAUGGCAACAACAAAGAGACUCCCAAAGAGAUUUGUGGAAUGCUGCAUCAUAUUUCUUCUGCUUCCAGGAGGAGUAUCCAGCCUGGGGUGUAGCAGCCUAGCAGUGGACUCACCCGUCGUUCUCUGGGGAGCAACGGUCACGGCAAAUUGCACCAUCUGGAGGAACCGCUGCCCCUUUCUCAAGGAUGAACAAAUCCAGAUGAUAUGGAAACUGGAUGGCCAGCACGUCCCUGGCGUCCAGCACAGCCCUAGUGAGGGAGUCGAAUUUUCCAGCAUCACCAUUGGCCCCCUCAACAGGACUGUGAUCAGUCUGGGCUGCUGGGUGUCAAGUCCGAGGAAACCACAACAGCAGCUCAUGAACCUGAAACAGAUCCAUGCUGGAUAUCCUCCAUCACAGCCACAAAACCUCACCUGCAUCAUGAAUGAAACCACCAGGAACCUGAAGUGCCAGUGGGACCCUGGAGAGGGCAGCCCCCUUCAAGUCCAUGCUGUGCUGAAGGGCUUCAAGAGCCAAAGUGGGUGCGCUGCCCUUCUGGUUCCCAUCCCAGACUGCAUCCCAAAGUCGGACCAGAAUUCUUGCACCAUUCCUCGUGAAAACCUCUACCUGUACCAACCCAUGGCUUUCUGGGUGACGGUGUCCAAUGGCUUGGGAGCUGUGCAAUCAGAGACCCUUUGCGCAGACCCAGUGGACUUAGUCAAGCUGGACCCCCCAACUAUCCAGUCCAUUCACUCCAUCUCGGAGGAGACCCACUGUGUGUCUGUGGCUUGGGAUGCAGCCAAAGACAGCGAGUACAUGAGGCAGUCAUGUGACCUGCGCUACCGUAAUGAAGAUGACCAGGAAUGGACGCUGGUGCAAAACCUUACCGGCUCCACCAGGCAAACCCAGCACUGUGGCUUCCUCUUUGGCAUCUCCUAUCAAUUCCAGAUGCGCUGCAAGAAACUUGCGGCCAGGUACAUGAGUGAUUGGAGUCCUACAAAGACCUUCACCACCCAUGAAGACAGUGGCCGGGCACCUUCAGGGGAGCUUGACGCCUGGUGGAAGAUGAAGCCCCGGGAGGCUGGACAGGAAAUACAGGUGCAACUGCUGUGGAAGCCUAUGAAACCAAAGGAGGCCAACGGCAAAAUCCUAGGUUAUUGGGUCUCCCUCAGCCCCAGGCAACAGAGUGGUCAGCGGACAACCGUUUGCAACACCAUGGAGCUGCACUGCAAUUUCUCCCUGCCCUUCGGAGUGCAGAGAGUUUAUCUCAUGGCUUACAAUGCGAGAGGCUCAUCCCCACCUACUGAGGUCAAACUUCAGAAGAAAGGUAUUCCUGUGCAUAAGAUCCAAGCCUCUUCUUGUGGGGAAAACAGCAUCUGUGUGAGCUGGGAUCCUCCGGGAGAAUCAACCACUGGCUACAUAGUUGAGUGGCAGAGGAUGACCUCUGUGGACUCCUUGGAUGAUGCAGAGACUAGCUGGACAAAACUGCGAAACAGAGAGAGCAAACAAAUCCUGAUCCAAGAAAACAUUAAGCCUUAUCAGCGGUACAAUAUUUCCAUCUACCCUCUCUACAGGGAUGGAGUGGGGAUGCCCCAGCAUACGGAAGCAUACAGCAGGCAGAAAGCUCCUUCGGACAGCCCCAAGUUGCAUCUAGGGAGCAUCAGCAAGAAAACAGCUCAGCUUCACUGGGAGCCCAUCCCUCUGGAACUGCGCAAUGGCUUCCUCACCAACUAUACCAUCUUCUGGGUCAGUGCUGGCGAGGACAUGAACUGUGCUGUUGUGAACGCCUGCGUGAACACAUUCACCAUCACAGGUCUCAGGCCUCUGAGGAUGUACAAAGUGCACAUCAUGGCCUCCACUGUGGGUGGAAGUAUUAAUGGAACUGUCCUGAUGCUCUACACCAAAGCAACAGAUGACAUAGACAUCUCGUUUACGUAUGUGCUCAUCCUUCUGCUGUUGUUCAUGCUGAUUGUUCUCGUCAUCUGUUUCCACAAGAGCAAAAGGAUGAAGAUGCAGUUCUGGCCCAGUGUCCCUGAUCCAGCCAACAGCAGUCUGGGUAGAUGGGCUCCAUCGUUUCUACAAGAGGAGACCCUGCCGGUUAACAAGUCAGAAGAACUUAGUCCAGUCACAAUUCCUACCAUUUUAGUGCUUGAAAAGGAUAAGAAAUGUGAGAAGAACAGCCCCUCCAAGGCCCUGUUGGAUAGGCCAUGGCCAGAUGCUUCUAAUACUGAGAUGGUUUUACCACCUGGCAGCCCAAUGCCAGCCUGUCACGUGAACAGCCCAGAAUCCAUCCAGUAUGCCAAGGUGCUCCCGGACAGCUACCACAGCCAGCAGGAAGCACUGUCCUCUCUCUACUUGCGCUCCAACUCCACACAGCCACUUCUGGGUGACAUGACACCCAGCCCUGAGCCCUACGAGAACCUGUGGUUUCAUGAUGACCAGCCAAACAGGGGACACAGCUGCAGUUUCGAAGAGGAUGCCGUCUUCCUGGAAGGGGCCCUGGUGGAUUUCCCACUACUGCGGGGUCUAAAGAUUGAUGGGGAUGAAGACCUGAGCAACUUCUGAAGGUUGUUUCACUUGACUUGCAUUGGAAGGGUGCAAGGGGCCACAAUCUAAUGCUGCUCCUACUUGCGACUGUAGCCCUCCUUCUCUAUGGAGGAAGUACAGUCAGACUCUCACUGAUGCCCUCUGCCUUCAUGCUCUGGGGCACUGGAGGACAACGGGGUUGGUGUUCACAGGGUGGUCCCCUCUGUUCAGCACAACAGACUUCCUGGAAGCAGCUGGGCCUUUGAUUCUUCUUGUUCCCUGUGGCUCGCUCUUCUGUCAGGGGCCACCAAACUUGAUGUUGAUGGUGAACUUCCUUGUGCUGCUUCCUGCCGUUAGGCUCCGACCUGAGCGGGUGAUCCAGAGACACCACACCUCAGUGGGUGGACUUAGAGCUCUGCCAGGUUCUUUCCCCAUCACUUUCAUCAUCAGAGUCCUGCAUUGUCUCCGCUGUGCGCUACAUCCCAUGCACCAUGUUUCCCUAGCAUCAUGCAUAGGCAUGGAUGUGAAGACACCUUGAGCCAGAAUUGGGGCACAAGCUGCAACAGAAGCAGUGCAGAUGCCCAGUGAUGGCCCCAAGGGAGCAGCUCAGGAGGACAAAUGCAAGCUGAACUUGAACUAGGCCUUCAGUGGUGCCGUCCUCUCCUGGAACCUGAGAGCAGCAGGCUUGGCUAUGUUCACAGAAAGGGGGCCUCCAGACGUUUUUGAGUAGGCCCAACAUUGAUGCUUCUCCACAUCCUUUCCUCUUAAUGGCAGGACUGCCCCCAACCAUGGGGGUCCCUGCAACAGAGAAGCAAAUGUCUUAGUGAGCAGCCCUGUUCACAAGUUAUGAGGAACACAAGUCCAAUUCAUGUACACAUUUAUCUAGAAACUGGUCCCUGGUUUCAUCUGUAAAGUGAAUGCGCAUGGGCUCUUUUGCACACAACAGAUGUACAGACAUAUAGGUGGGAUGUACAUGCAUUCAGUGUAACAUGAACACAGCCAGUAUGAUGUACGAUCUGAAGAAGGGAAUUCCUCUCUGAAGAAGGGAGCUCUGACUCUUAAAAGUUUAUAUCCUGAAGGUUCUGUCUCUGAGGUGCCACUGGACUCAAAUCCUGCUGUUCUAUUGCAGACCAAUAUGGCUACCAAGCUAAAACUAUGGUGUAGUGGUUAGAAUGUCAACUAGGGUCUGGAAAACCCAGGUUCAAAUCCCCAUUCUGCCAUGGAAGCUUGCUGGGUGAUCUUGGGCCAGUCACACUCAGCCUACCCUACCUCACAGGGUUGUUGUGAGGAUAAAACAGAGGAGAGGAGAAUGAUGUAAGCUG